CUCUGCGGUUGUAGUAGUAGUUUAUUGCGUUCAAGUCCAAGCAACUUCAUGAAACGCCUCUUGAUUGGUAAACACUGCUGAAAUCCGCCAGAAUGGGCACUGGGGAUUAUAUCUGUAUAACAGUGCGUGGAGGAGCGCCAUGGGGGUUCAAGGUGCAAGGUGGCAAGGACACAAUUCAACCUUUACAGGUUUCAGAGAUUGAAGAAGGAGGCAGGGCUUGCAUUGCUGGUCUGUGCAAAGGAGACGAGGUGGUGUCAAUAAAUGGAGAGCCCUGUUCAGACUUCUCACACUCUGAAGCCACAUCUAUCAUUGAAAGCCUGGCUGACAGUCUGCAAUUGCUUGUGAAACGGUCUUCUUCUGGAUUACAUGAGCUCUCCGAUCCUGGCUCUGAGAAGGCAUACUUUGGUGAAACUAGUGCCUGUGUGGGCCUUGAGAGCACGACUCUGCAGAUCUGGCCAUCCGGCAAGGCCCCCACUCCGAGAGAGCUUUACAUCUCUGAGUCUCAAGAUGAAGCCUACUAUGGAGAAACAGAGAGUGACACAGACCUGUCAGGGGGCACCAGGAACCCCAAAUUUCAUGGAACAGAUAGGGGAUACCCAAGAGAGAGGUGCAGCCUAGAAACUCCUAGCAGAGGCAGACCGAAGGGAGAAUUCUACCCAGGAGCAGUAGUGGAGCUCCAGUUGUCCCUCUCCGAUCACAGACAGAGAGACCACCAGGCAGCUGCUGUCAGUGUUACGAGGGGUGAAAAAAGCAGCGCUUCAUGGGGAAAUCAAGAAGAGGAGGCCAACCAAGACCUUGAAGCAGCCGACUCAGAGAGUAACAGACAGGAACCCGUCCGCACCAUUGAGACCCAGUCCAUCCGGCUGUCUCGGGUCAAAAGGCAGGUGCUUGGAGUAGACGAAUUGGUGAGCUCCUCAUCCUCGCUUGGCCGAGUGGAGGUGACCCUAGAGUGCCCCGUCCGGGGCCAGCAGCAGCAGCAGGAGGAGGAGGUAUUGGUCUGCAGGUCUGAGUCUGGUCUGAGUGGGUGUGAUUCUCAAGUGGAAGGAGGGCACACUGAAGCACCUCCUGCUUCUGUCUCCUUUGGAUUUUCAUCAGAGGGUGAAGAGCAGGGAGGAGAAGAGAGGGAUUCAGACUCAGGGAAAGAUCACAGCAAACCUAACAAGCACCGGGCAAGGCACUCCAGGCUCAGGCGCAGUGAGAGCCUGUCAGAGAAGCAGGUGAAGGAGGCCAAAUCUAAAUGUAAGCGCAUUGCCUUGCUGCUGACUGCAGCUCCGAAUUCCAGCAACAAGGGGGUGUUGAUGUUCAAGAAGCACCAGCAGAGGGCCAAGAAGUAUACACUUGUCAGCUACGGCACCGGAGAGAGUGAGCCAGAGGAGGGUGAGGAAGGCUACGACAAAGCCAUUGAGGUCACUUUACUGGCCACCAGUGAAUCAGAGCUUGACGAGGAUUUUUUCACAGAUACCAACGGCCGAGCCCGCAUUGUGACUUUUGAUUGGGAUACAGGAUUGCUGGAAAUAGAGAAGAAACUUAACGACGAGGAAGAGAUGCAACGUCUACCUGAGACCAAGGGCAAAGGGGCCCUGAUGUUCGCCAAGAGGAGGCAGAUGGUGGACCAGAUCACGGCUGAACAGGAAGAGAUGCGAAGAAUGGGGAUACCAGUGGAGGACCACAGGGAUGCUGAUACACAACAGAGUUCAGAGGUCACCCAAAGCACUUCUUACCAGAUGCAAGAGAGCUCUUACUCACAGUCCUCAAUACAAACCAAAAGCGACAUGAGCCAGGGUUACAUUGAUGUCAAUCAGCAGAUGAAGCUGCAGCAACAGCAGCUGAAUCAUGGCCACCCUCCUGGAGGGCCCAAUGUAAAUGGAGUCAGUGGGAGGUCUGAGAUGGUUCAUCACAGUUCUGCUUACCAGACAACUGAAUACCAGAAGUCUAAUGUUAUCAACAGAACAGCCAGGCCAUUCACCGGCGUGCAGAACAGAGUGCCAGCACCGUUUUCACCUACUAGAAGUGUGACCAGCCCAGUGUCAGAUCACCCUGCCCCACACUACUCUUCUCUUAGCUCUCAAACAGAGAACAAGUACAAGGUCGUAAUACCUCCUGUGCCUGUCAAUACUCACUCGCACGUGUGGUCACCAACAGGUUCUGGGGAGCAGAUUGCAUCCCGAGAUGAACGGAUCUCAGUUCCAGCAAUCAGGUCCGGGAUUUUGCAGGAGACACGAAAAAGGAACACUACAAAGCCCAUGUUUACCUUCAUAGAGCCACCCAAGGUGUCACCUAACCCUGAGCUCCUGUUCCUUCUUAACAAAGGGGACAAGCGGGCCCCAUUGGCAGGCUUUGAGUCAGGCCCAGAGGAAGACUACCUCAGUCUAGGUGCUGAGGCUUGCAAUUUUCAGCAGUCCUCCACCGUCAAGCAAAAGACGCCUCCUCCUGUAGCUCCCAAGCCAUCUAUCAACCCAGCAUCGCCCCCUUGGUCUCCUCAACCAGAUGUAUCCAACCAAGCUCCAUCCUUUCCUAUCCAAAAUGCAGUACCUGCUCCUGCUCCUGCUCCUGCUCCUGCUUCUGCUUCUGCUUCUAUUCAAGUCCUGCCACCACAGCAACCAGUCAAUAUGUGGAGCCAGCCUCAAACCACUGUGAAGACUGUGGUGGCUCCUCACACUCCCCAGUCAGUGCCCUUGGCUCAUUCAUAUUCCUCUAAAACACCACCAACCACUCUAGUUGGUAAUGUCGCUCCAACUGGUGGAGUGGGCCAAGCCUAUGAGAUGCCAGCCUUGAAGGGUAGAGGUGCAGAGCUGUUUGCAAAGAGGCAGUCUCGUAUGGAGAAGUUUGUGGUCGACUCCUCAACCGUGCAGGCCAACAAACCUAGAUCCCAAUCACCAACCCCAUCCCUACCUUGCUCAUGGAAAUACUCACCCAACAUCAGAGCCCCUCCUCCGUUGUCCUACAACCCCAUCCAUUCUCCCGCCUACCCCCCAGGGGCAAUCAAGAACCAGCCCCAGUCUGGCCCUACAGGGAAGACCAAAACCAAAGGGAAAAAACCCACCAAAGUCCUCCAUGCUUUGGAUGUCAUGAAACACCAACCUUAUCAGCUCAACUCCUCUCUCUUCACCUAUGGCCCACCCACUGAUGCCAAAGCCCCUCUGCCCAAAGCUGCCCCUGCCUCUUCAAAACAGCCCAUCAUGUACGAACCCCUGCCCCCUGUGAAGUCAGCUGGACAGAUGAACGCUGCGUAUUCCGCCCCACACCAACAGCCCCAGGUGUGCAGAGGACCAUCCUAUGGGUUAUCUCCAUUGUCGCCAGCUGUGCAAGAUGGUUCCUUCCAGCUUCCUGCUAACGCCUAUGCAACGCCAAGCUAUCCGCUGUAUACCAAACAAGAGUCGUCAUCAUUAGGGGCUGCUAUGCUUAGGGCUCCCAGGCCCAAGUUCUCAGCCAAGAAAUCUGGAGUAGCAGCCCAGGUGUGGAAACCAGCAGUUGUGGAUGAGUAAUUGGUUUUGCUGAAAGGCAAUUUCCGCUAUGCUUGAAAGAUCAGGGGAUAAAGUGGCUGCAGCAGCACAGUACACCUUAUGGUGGAGAGUCAUGGUAGAGUUGACUACAGGCCUGGAGUACUGAGGGUGCAUUAAUGUUUUAGAUAAAUAGUUUCCUUAAAUUAUCGUAAAGCCCUCAAUACAUGUGAGAUAUAAUUCUACAGUAAAAGAAUACCAUUUUAGCAUUCAUUUUAUUUCGUAAUCAGCAAAAAAUAUUUAUAUUCAAUCAGACCAUUUGACAGUAAAAACAGGUCAUCGGCUUCAACUUUUUGAUGGCAUUUACUAUAGAAUGACCUGUAAAUGUAUGUUUGACUGGCAGCUCACUAUAUGCUAAUGUUGAUCUAAAAAAUGUGAUUACAAAACAUAUACCGUAUUCCUUGGAAUUUAAGAUGCACGUUUUAAACUAAUUUUUUCUUCUCAAAACUGGCCUGUGUCUUAAAUUUGAGUACAGUAUAGUGAUGUGUGUAUUAAAAUCGCCAUCAAAAGAUGUGACAGCCUGAGUACACAAAGAGCAACAUGACUGACUGGCAGUUGAAGGGUUCCGUAGUAAUUAUUCUGUUUAGUGGACGCUCCUCGAUGUAAACAAAGCAAGCUUUCGCUCAGCGCCCGCCUGUGUUGCUAUGGCCAUGGUGCAGAUGCUGCGUUCUUAAACAGGCGGGCACGCCCCCCAGCCAAUCAGGACCUCCCGAUCAGCUCAGCUCCGUGCAAGCCUUCCUGUUUACCACAGUAGCAGCGCAGCUGAACCAGUGACAGGGUCCUCCCUAUCAGAAAGCGUCAUUCGCUUCCUGAGGAAUUCCAAGAGAAGUGUUUACAAUUUCGGCAUUUCGUUAUUAGGCUCAGUUCUAAUCAGACCCCCGUAUAUUUCUACUUGCCAAGCAAUGCCACAGUUCACAAAAAGGGAGAAAAACAUGUGUGAAUAAUCACAGCUGCUAUGUGUGAUAGCAGGCGGCUGCAAACUGCCUCUGUACGUCGAUUUCUUAUAUGUUUAAAUGCAUCUUUUAUUUGAUUUUUUAUUUUUUCCUGGAGUUGAGGGUGGGAAAUUUGGGCUGCGUCUUAAAUUCAAGGGCGUCUUAAAUUCAAAGAAAUAUGGUACUUUGAAAUAGUAUAGCAUUUUGUUUAUUACAAACUGCACAUUAUUUGAUCCAUGUCAUAAAUAUUGAUCUUUUUAGAUUAUUUUUUAGCAGUCCCUGUAGUAAGUAUAGUAUCCAAGGGUCUAUGUUUGCUAGCUACUAGUCCAAUGGGUAAAGAAAUAAGAGCUUUUCAAAGCGGGUCUUGCUUUUAAACAAAACUCUUUUAUUCUUCAAAAUAGAAAAAAACAAAUAUAAUAUCAAUAUGUAACUGCCUUAAAAUAUCACUUUACACAUUUUUGUCCUCCACAGUCUUUACGGUAGGUUAAUGCACUAUGUUGCAGACUAUGUUGUGUCAACAGCCAAGCGUAUAUGUAUGAGUAUUGACUCUGUAAUGUUUAUUGGAGCUGUGAAUCUGUUCUGAUUUAGUAGCAGUAGUCACAUAGAGAAAGUGCUUUGGAAAUGUUGGAAUGUAAGAUGUAGCUGGAAGAAGGACAUUGAGAAAGUAAAUGUUUGCCUACUGAAAUAUUAUCAGGGUAAGUGACUUAAAGAAAUCUGCCGCAGUGCCUUUCAGAAAAGGCAGUUCUGUGCUUUUUAUUUUAUUUUUGUAAGCAGGGCAAAAUCAGAGACUGAAAUACUAUUUUAAAUUAGUUGACUCAGUAUGUAAGAGUAAAUGUUAACAAUUAAAUUUUGCUCACCAGACAGUUUAUGCCUAUUUCAUAAGAAUGUGAAGCACAAGAGUUAUGUCUUAGUUUUCAAUAAAUGUGUGUCAGGGCCAUAACUAGUGGGGGUGGGGGGGUGGAAGCUAAUAUUCUUGGAUGUGUCUCAUCCAGAUAGAUGUUGAACAUGUUUCUUUAGUUGAAUCAAAAUACCCUACACAAAUUUGGGCAGUGUGUUUUUACUUUGAAUUUUUUUCUGGCUGUUGUGUUGUGUGACAUCCCCAAAUUGAACCUAUAAUGUGUAUUGAUUUUGGUUCUGUGUUUUGUCGGAUGCUUGGAUUGUGAUGGGGAUCACGUUCUAAUGCCACCCUAGCUAUGGCCUGCACAUUUUCAAUGUUGAAUCUCACAAGAAUAAAAAGGACGUUCACACCUGUAUGUAUGAGCUUCUUCAACGCUUUCCUUCCUUUUUGUAUUUCACCUUGCAUUUUCUCAUUUGAUUUAAAACACCAGCAGGAUAAAGACAACAGUAUCACCUAAAACAGUGGCUGCUCUUAAAAAUAACCCAAAAAAAUGUAACAUUACUUUAACUGUUGUGAGAGAAGGCCAGUUUCAAUUUUGAGAAAACCUAAUGAAGAAUAAUACCACAUUGGUGAUACUGCUGCCUUUCUCCUCUUUAUUUUUUCUUUCACGUUUCUUUCCAUGGUUCACUUUCUGUAAGCUUCUUCACAGUACUAUUAAAGGACUCCUUUAUCCAUU